GAGGCAGGCGCCCGCGUUUCCAAAGCCAGGCGUGGAGGAAGCGCGAACUUUCCUCCCGCCUCAUCAGGUGUCCUGCCUCGGGGGAAAAACAGUGAAAACCCAACGGUUAACUUCGCCCAAAAGUAGAUCCUUUCGAUUUCGUUCUCCUCGACCCCACCCUAUGACUGGUUCGGUGCAACAUCCGGCUCGAUUUUCAGCUUCUCAAGAGAAGAGUUCGUACCCACAGGAGCCGGACGCAGGAGGAGCGAGCGAGGGCCCCUGAGGACUUCUUCCCGGACUGCAGCACCGCGCCACCUUACCAUGGCAUCUGUAUGCACCAUGACGGCCCCCAUUUGUCUUGUGGAAAACCAGAAAAAUCUCCUGAUGGUCAAUCCAGAAGCACUGAAAAUUCUUGGCAACAUAUCUCAGCCUGUGGUGGUGGUGGCCAUUGCAGGGCCCUAUCGGACAGGAAAAUCCUACCUAAUGAACCGCCUGGCAGGACAGAGCCGUGGUUUCCCUCUGGGCUCUACAGUGAGGUCUGAAACCAAGGGUAUCUGGAUGUGGUGUAUACCCCACCCUUCCAAGGCGAAACACACCCUGGUCCUACUAGACACUGAGGGCCUGGGCGAUGUGGAAAAGGGUGACUCUAAAAAUGACUUGUGGAUCUUCACACUGGCCAUACUUCUGAGCAGUGUAUUUGUCUACAACAGCAUGGGCACCAUCAACCGCCAGGCCCUCGAGCAGCUGCACUAUGUGACUGAACUAACAAAGCUAAUCAGGACGAGAUCCUCUCCCAGCUUUGGUGAAGUGGAUGACUCAGCUGAGUUUGUGAGUUUCUUUCCAGACUUUGUUUGGACUGUACGGGAUUUCACAUUGGAGCUGCAGUUAGAUGGACGCCCCAUCACUUCUGAUCAGUACCUGGAGAAUGCCUUGAAGUUGAUUCCAGGUGAGGAUCCCCGAAUCCAAAAUUCCAACGUGCCUAGAGAGUGUAUCAGGAAGUUCUUUCCAGAACGAAAGUGCUUUGUCUUUGACCGGCCUAUAAAUGACAAAAAAUUAUUGCAACAUAUUGAGGAAGCAUCCGAAUACCAACUAGAAUUGGAUUUCCGGGAGCAAUCCAAAAAUUUCUGUUCAUACAUCUUUGCCAAGGCAAAAACCAAGACCCUAAGAGAGGGAAUCACUGUCACCGGGAAUCGUGAGUCCCUUUUGUUACAGGGCAUCAUAGAGAAAAAUAAGGAGGAUUUCUUACUGCAGAAUGAAGAGGCAUCUGUCAAAUAUUGCCAGGAUGAGCUUCAGCGGCUUUCAGAGCCCCUGAUGGAAAGUAUUUCAGGAGGAACUUUCUCUGUACCUGGAGGACACAAGCUCUACUUAGAAGCUUUGAACAAGGUCAAACAGGACUACGAGCUGGUGCCCAGGAAAGGAGUUAAGGGAAACGAGGUCCUCCAGAUCUUCCUGCGGUCACAGGCAGCAGUAGAGGCAUCCAUCCUUCAGGCCGACAAAACCCUCACCGAUGGGGAGAAGGCCUUAGCAGCUGAGCGUGCCAGGAAUCAGGCAGCUGAGAAGGAAAAGGAGCUGCUAAGACAGAAACAGAAGGAACAGCAGGAAAUAAUGCAGGCUCUAGAGAGAAGCUUCCAGGAAAACAUGGCCCAACUGAAAAAGAAGUCGGAGAGGGAAAGAGAAAUCCUUCUGAGAGAGCAGGAAAUUAUGCUGGAGCACAAGCUGAAGAUCCAAGAAGAAUUACUUACUGAAGGAUUUAAAAAGAAAUCUGAGAAGAUGAAUGAAGAGAUAAAUAAACUAAAAAAAGAGACUGAAAGAUCUAAAAACAUUGACCUUUCAAAUAUCCUUGAUGUGGCUACCAUGGGGCUUAUAAUGGCACUACCCCCACCCACGCGGCUAAUUGCUUCUGGGAUGAAAUGUCUCAGUAUGCUUAUCAAAAGUGUGAAGAAAUCCUAGGUAUAUUAUAAAAGGCUUCUUAUGUUUUAAUAGCAUAAUGAUGUGGCCCAUUUUUGAAAUAUAUGUGUCACGGUAGUUUCAUCCAAGAAAAUUUUUAAAAUAAAAACUGACAACCAAAGAAUAUCAAGGUCUGAUAUCCAAAAAAACAAUUUUGAUUGAACUGAUUAAUUUAGAGAAAUGAAAAAGUUAGAAGAUAAUGAUAUAUCCAUAGAAAAGUUUUAAGCAAAACAAAAAGACAAAUGGUAAGAUGAAUAAAACAUUUGCAAUGUCUA